CUCUGCAAGUGUCCUGAAUAAAGAAAGAAAUAAAACCAGCAUUUAAACAGAAACCUGAGAAGCGACGUAAAGGAAAGGGGAACCCGAAUUCACAACUGGGUUGCAAACGAAGACAUCCAAAACACUGAAGAGGCUUAAGAGGAGAUAAGGUUGGGGUGACCAGACGUCCUCCUUUUCCUGGGGAGGGAUCCUCUCUUUCCAAGAAACCUACCUUUCUGCAGCUAACGACCAAGUAAGUGCAAAGCAGUGAUGGAAGAGCUGCUCCCAGGUUGCCCUAUGAAGACUUCCUCUCCCCCUGCUGGCCAGGUGAGGUAUAGCAACCAGGGAAGACUGAGUAACAAACAAACAAAGCUCAGGUCCUGCUGUGCAGAGAGAGCAAAUCAGCCAAGCGUUUGUUCACUGAAGAGUCUUCUCUUGCAAUGAUCUUCUGGCAAAGACCUUCCAGGUGAUGGAGGAAAAGGCUCUUGGAUGCCAGAACAUUGCGGGAAAGUUUUGGAUAACUCCAGAGCCUGCCUUCUGAACUUUUUCUUAUCAAAACUCAGGAGUGGGAGACGUGCGUAACCCGAGUUCCUCCUUCCUGGUGCCAAGUGGAGAAAGGCAUCCUCCCAGCCACCAAUAAAUCUGUCUUCCAGCCUCUCAUUGGAACGGUCACACAAUGGUGCAAAGAGCCCUAAAACAAUAAAGGAAAGCAGCCGGAUGCAAAGAAAGGAGGAAGAGGAGAUUUCUAGCCAGACGUGGCUUGGUGCACCAUGAAUGUAGAGGCAACAGACAUCCGCCUCCCCUUGGGAGACAUCCACGAUUUCUCUUCGAAGGAAGCCCAGCAGCUGCUUUUCAACAAGUUUGUUGUGGUUAUGGGGGAUUCCAAUUACCGAUCGGUGUAUAAGGACCUGGUCUACAUCCUGCAAACAAAUGAGAUGCUCAGCCUUCAACAGCUGCAGUCAAAGGGCGAGGAGACAUUUGCAAAUGAUACACGGAUGGAAUUUGAAGGGCUGCACAGUGGAAACAAUUACCUUGAGGUUCGGCAGUACCAGACCAGCCACCAUCUGGUGCGUUUCUACUUCAUCACCCGGGUUUUUUCGGCUUAUAUGGAGACCAUCUUGAAUGACUUCAGAACGGGGCUGGAGAAGGGGCUGGUUCCAGAUGUCCUCAUCAUGAAUUCUUGCCUCUGGGACCUGAACAAGUACCAUGACAGCCAUCCCACGGAGCCCCCUCUUCAGAAGGCCCUCCGGGAAUACCGGCAGAACCUGGAGAAGUUUUUUGAGCGGCUGAACGCCAUCCUUCCCCCCAGCUGCCUUAUCAUCUGGAACACGGCGAUGCCCAUCAAGAAUCCCCGGGGGAGCUUCUUUGCGAAAGAGGCUCCCUGCAAUUCCAAGCAAGAGUUUACAGGCAAGAAUAUACAGCAUUCGGACGUAUCGACUCCCAGGGAUCUGAUCGAGGCCAACUUUUACAGCGCCAGCUUGGCCUGUUGCUACAGAUUUGAUGUCCUGGACCUGCACUACUCCGUCCGGUUUCUGGAGGACCACCAUGCCAAAGAUGGGAUCCAUUGGAGCAAGUAUGUCCACCGCUGGGUCACCAAAUUGCUCCUGACCCACAUAGCUGACGCCUGGGGGGUGAAACUGAAGAAGAGGAGACCUCGGUUAGCGCAAAAGAGAAUGGUGAAAGCUUACUCCCGCCACCUUGUGACCUUCACACCAUCCUUGCCGUACGCCAAUGGCUUCAGUCCCGACAACCAUCUUUAUUUCAACCAAGAUGUUGUGAUCUAUGAUAAUGGUCCUGUGGAUGACUGCAAACAGUGGGAUCCUGGCCAUGAAGACAACUACUCCAAUGGCAGCGGGGUUGGAGACUGGUCUGGAUAUGAGCCCCCUCCUUACCAUGGCACGCCCAAUCCUGGCAAUGAUCCCCGUUUCCAACAGAAUGGUGACUACGAUUCUGGGUUCAUGGAGGGGUCCGCAUACGAGAAUAGCCCCCUGUCUCAUCCUCGCUGGCCCAGUCCUGGCAGCGGUCCUGGUUUCCAGCCUAAUGGCAGCUACAAUCACAGGUUCAUGAAAGGUCAUGGCCCCCCACCUUAUCCUAGGUGGUCCAGUCCAGCCAACGUUUCCAAUUUUCAGUAUGAUACCAGCUACGAUCACGGGUCUAUGGAGGGAUAUUCGUGUGAACCUGGAGCCCCUCUGCACCCGGGGCAAUACGCCCUCAGAAAUGAUCCCAGCUUCCAAGACGAUGUUAGCUUUCACCAAGGGGCUGAGGAACUGGAAUACAACCAUGGCCUCCAGCCCCAUGCUGGCCCUUGGCCGUACCCAGAGAAUUCCCCUUACGCUGGGCAAAAUGGUUGGCAAGGCAGGAGGUCUGUGGAGGGUUACGGAGCCCAACAAAGCCCCUGCUGCCCUAUUGAAGAAAUUCAUCAAAACGGCUUUCUCCCACCUUCUCCUGGACCCAUCAACCAUCAGAUGGCCCAGGGCUCCCUUUAUUCACCAUACAGCUCACCUCAAGAAGCCCGGGGUGGGCGCCAGGACAGGUUUGUCACCUAUCGCCAACGCCAACGCAACAACCUUCCUUACAAGAGGUCUCAGAAUGGCUCCAGAAAUCCCCAACAGUUAGCGAAACCCCCUUGGAGACCUCCCUACCACUCAUAGCUGUGACCCAUUGGCCAUGGACAUCUUUCAUCUUGCGUGCUGGGAAGACCAGAUGGGACCCAGUCUUGACUGUGGGCAUAGAGGCCCUGCAGCUCACCGAGUGGACAAAUUCAAAGCCUUGGCCUACAGUUGGGAUUGAAGGAUGUGCCUCUGGUGAUGGGACUCGCAGUGUCUGCCACUUGCAGUAUCUCUCAUUUUGAGAAUCUUUGGGCUCCUGUGCCAUUGCAAAACUUGAAUUUUUAUCCUCGAUUUUUCCCUUCUGAAGAGGCAAGAUCACUUUGCCAUAAUUCUUUGGGAUGGAGGCUUGGUCCAGAUAUGCAGAGAAGGAUUUUUAUGCAAGUGGCAUAAAAUCCUUGUUGUUUGCUUUUCUUGGAUGAAAACACCCCUUAUCAAGUGUUAAAUGUUUGGAACAAAAAGGAGAUAAGACUCCCCCCCCCCCAAUCUAAUCCUGUUGUAUUUGAGUUGUUUGAGUUGUGCUUUCUUCUGACCUCUUCAGCUAAGUGCCAAAAGAGACUGCGGAAAUAAUCCAGUUUUGUGAGCUAUUUAGCCGUCUCUACAAUUCCCAGGAUUCCCUAGCACUGAGCCAGAGCAGUUAAAGCAGUGCCAAACUGGAUUAUUUCUGCAGUGUGGCUUGAGACCCAAGUCCAGGCCUGGAUAUGGGUUCAAAAGUUAUGUGGAAUAGGUUGACUGAUGAGGAGUUUGUUUUAAUACUAUAUUAUUUUAGUAUUUGAGCGUUUUAUAGUGUUGUGUUUUAUUGCCUGUUUUUGGUGAUGCGUGUUUGAUGUUCUGCCCUUUGGUGGAAAGGGAUUAUAAAUAAAUACUGUUAUUAUUAAUAGUUGAGGUGGGAAGCCCACCCAUUGCAGUGGAAAAGAGUGAAGCAAUCCUGGGGGUAAGACAUGACACACGGUGCCUUUUGAAUUGGUUUGCAAGCUGCAACCCCUCUGCUAGCCCCUGGCCAGGUACAAACAUUGCAUGGAUUAUUGAGAAAGGAGUCCAUUUUAAGUGCCUUAAUCUUCUCUCUAUUGUUACCUGUGGCUUUCAACCUGCACAGAAACAUGAAUGUACAAACAAAUGAACUUUUGCACUACAGUCUCUAGAUCUGACACUUCGAGGGAAAGAGAGAUAUGAGUUGAGACGCCUUUAUCUGAAAUCUUGGGACCAGAAGUAUUUCAGAUUUUCGAUAUUUCUGGAUUUUGGAAUAUUUGCCCGCCGUCCCCGUCUUCCUGGUGAAUAAACGAUCAGGCAAUGACCACCUUAAAUGCCAAAAUGGGUGGCUGGAAGUUCACCAUUUUAUGUUGGAUAAGGGAACUGAUGAAAGUCGGUCCUCCAUAUUUGAGGCUUUGACUUUUGCGCCUUUGAUUAUUCAUGGAUUUGAUCAAGAUGUUCUUUCUAGGAAUCUCCAGAUCUUCCAGUGACCAUAGAGUCACACUGGAGGACAUAGAGAUUCCUAAAGAAAACACUUCUCUAGGCAUUUGUAGGUCUUCCAGUGCAAUUUUGCGGUCAACAUCUGAUGGAUGUUUGCCACAAAGCUGUGAUGGAGGAUCCCUAGAGAUGUGUUCUCCUAGGGAAAAAAAAUACAGUUGGCCCUCCACAUUUGCGGCUUUGACUAUUUGCAGUUAUGAUUAAUAUAUUCUCUCUAGGAAUCUCUAAGUGCUCCAAUGCAAUU